ACAUGGCCCCGCAGGGAGCAUGCUGAAGGUGACAGGUAGCGCCAUGCCGGGAGCUGUGUUUGCUGCUGCCGCUGCCGGUGACGGGGAGACAGACACGACCGCCCCUUUGCUCCGGGACGAGCUGACUCUGUACGGCUCCCCGCAGCAGAAGCCCCGCUGUGUGGAGCCCGAGGACGGUCAUCUGGAGCAGAGUGUCGCCGCCCUGCGGAGCUUAACGGAGCCGUACACGGGCUGGUGUCUGCGCUCUUAUAACAGAAUCAAACCCAAAGUCCAAAGUGCUGCAAAGUUGGGGAAUGACACCUAUGAGUACUUGAAGAACCCACCGAAUGACUUCUAUCCCCGGGCGGGAGUCAUCGGCCUCACCGGUGUGGUGGGGCUGUUUCUCGCAAGAGGCUCCCGGGUGAAGAGGCUCCUUUACCCGGCGGGCCUGGUGGCAGUGAGCGCCUCCCUCUACUACCCGGAGCGAGCCGCGGUCACGGCGAGGUCAGCCGGAGACGCGGUGUACGAGCGGGCGGUGCAGAGCUACGCAGCCCUGGAGAAGAUGGUGAAGCCGCAGAGCAAAGCCGGAGAGGAGGGCACCGACUCUGAAGUUAAACCAUGAAGACAGACUCUGCAAUAAUAAUAAUAAUAUAAAAAAGAAUAAUCAGCUUUUUCCUGAUUCAGAAGAUUGACAUAGUAGUGUGUGUGACUUCCUCAUGCCCACUUUUUGCACUAAGCUUCAUAUGUACAGUACCAGUCAAAAGUUUGGACACUUUCUCAUUCAACUACUUUGAAGAAUCUAAAAUAU